GAAUAGCAAAGGUUCGCAGCGGCAACUGCGAAAGCACGCAGACAUAACGGACGGAUAAACACAUACAUAAUCUUUUUUUUCUCCCUUCACUUAUCAUGCUCGAACUCGCGAAAAACCUUGAAGUCGGCAAAACCUUACAGCACGCGAACGGUACGCCGCCAAAGCUGUUUCCACCGCCACCACCGACGGAACCUGACGAUGACGCGGUAACAAUCACCGGCACCGUCCUCGGUGCACGCGUUGACAGUGACGAUCUGUUCAACAGGCCACCUCCCCUUCCCACUCCCCCUCCGGGACGUCCAGUACCCCAUCGCGGCUACGUGAUCGCGUCGCUGGCGCUCACCGCCGUUGCGGGUGUCCUCUCCCUGGGAUCCAUCAUCAUUGCCGCCGUUGUGAUAGACCGCGAGAUCAAAGCAGAUCCGGUGGAAGACGAAUGGCUUAUGAGUGGGAUUAUUGCGAUAUUCUUCAUCGUCACUAUUGUGGAGAGUGGCCUCUGUUUCAUUGCCAUGAUGGCGUGCUUUGGUCUUCUCCUCCACAAACAACAGCAUCGCGUGCUCAUUCGCAACCCUUCCAACGGCGCCUUCGUCUGUCUCUGCGUUUCCGUCUUUUUCCUUUUCCUCCUCUGUGUUUACACCAUCGUAAUGUAUGUUAUCUGUGAAAUAUGGGACCCGGAGAAUGUGCCGUCUGUCGGCCUGUGCGCCAUACCUUGCGUACGAGCAGUUGCCCUGCUGUCUUUCUUCGCCGUGCUGGUCGCCAAUUCGAAGCUACGACCACGUGAUCCUCUGAUGUAGAUAUGUGCCGCGCUCCCCUUUUUUGCGCUUUUUUUUUCUCUUGCGAUUAUAAAAAGAAGAAAUAGAAUAUACCCGCUGUUGAAAGUUUUUCUUUCUCGGUUUCACAUUUUAAUCUCCUCAACAACAACGCGCGUGUCUGUUUUCCUUAUAAUUUUCUCUCUUCCGUUACUAUUCCCUUUCAUGCCCUUAUAAGAUAAUCAGUAAAGUGCACUGUGUGUCUCUCCCCCCUCUGUGGCGUCCAACAUAGCAGUUCAUGCCCUCAGUUCUGCGCUGCUGUAUGGUAUGCUGUGCUUCCACAUCGUAUAAGUGCAGACAUUCCCCCAAAAAACUCUUCUCUUUUGUUCACCAUGCAAACGCGUUAACACUACAGCGAUGUCAGCGUUCGUGUAGUUGAGCAGUCUUAUCGUAUCGUCAUGUUGGUAGGAACGCAAAAAAAAAAGCUUUGAUUUCUAAAGCAGAUGGUCCUCUGUUUUUCAGCUUUGCACGCUUGCAUUGAUUUCUAAAAUGAUCUGAACUUGACUUCGAGAGGAAACAAAACGCCCAUAAAGUCUUAGGGUAUAUAUAAUACACCGGCAAAAGGUCACAUUUCAAGCUCUCACAAGUUCGAAGGCAACGCAGCACAAUCACAUCGCAAGUAAAUAGUGUCCUGCGGUGACUUUUCGUCUGCACUGUGAACGCAUGUAAGCGUCAGAGGUCGGUGCUGCUGAACUACUGGUGACGUCACCUCUCUCGUCAUUCUACUUUCUGCAAUGUUGUCUCCCCACUCUUCUCCCCUCCAAUCUUGGUCUCUUUUCGUCUUGCCCUACGUGCAUGUCGCCCUUACAGCAAACUGCCUGCACGAGCGCUUCGAACCCACAGAUGAGCCGUGGCCAUUCACCUACAACGGCUGCUUAGCACAAGUGGCUCGGUGCUACAACGGUAGCGCUGUCCUUUCCUUGUCGCGUUAGCAGGCAGCGGAUCAGCGCCAUAAGAUCAUCGAGCAACUCUGCUCUCCUGGUACUUCGAUUUAUUAUCCUUCCAGUUGCUGAGAGAUGCCUAAAGAGGAAAAGGGUGGUGCCACAAAAGGGGAUGGUAGAUGAAAGGAAAAGCUGGCUCCUGCGCAUCGAAGUGCUUUGCUUCUGAAAAAGGUGGAAACCAAACAGAAGUGGCUCGAACAUGCCAAGUGCAGCGUCUCAGUUGUAUCACAGCUCCUUCCCUUUUAUAUUUCUUGGUAGUGGGUUGUCACUGCCGCACUCUCAGCACUGCUUUGCAUCCUCUGAAGAACAGGACAAGAAGAAGAGGGCGGAGUACGAGCAUUCUCUGGCCAGCACGUGAGUGGAUUCAAGGAGACCCAGGGGCCUUUUUUGCCGUCUUUAUGAUCCGCUUUGCAAAACGCAACGCUUGAUUGGCUGACAGAAGAACGGUCUGUUGUAACGUUGCCAGUCCUCUUCCCUGUAGCAAUAGAGAAUGUCGGAACGGUUGAUCUUCCGAGACUUGAAAUCUUAAGAAGCGAAAUAAACAUCUGAAGUGAGGCACUUGAUACGGAGAGAGAAGGAGAUGACGAUAAUUGAUGGCAGGCAUUUGUGAUCAAAGAGGAGGGAAGCGGAAGAAAUACAAGACGCACGAGACCACACAAGAGAAGAACAGCUACAUAUAACUGUAAAAGGAAAGAAGAUGCGAUUGAAAAACGGAGUGGAAAGAGGGAGAAGAAAUUGAGAUAAAGGCGCGAAAACAAGAGAAAGUAAAGCAGACACGACAAUGACUCUGAUUGCUGAGAACGCCAAGUGGCUCCCGCUGAGCAGGUGCACCGUCAAGGCGUCCUCUAUCUUUCAAGCAUUGUCGUGGAGCAUUGCGUCGCUGGAGCGCUGACGAACCACCGCAUCUCGCGCAAGAACUCCUUCUGCGAGGAAAUUGCACCGGCGCCGUGGAAGAGGCAGAGGGCGUGGCCGUGGUGGUGUGUGGCGGGCUCUUCGGGUGCCGGACGCGGCGCUGUCUACCGCCGCGGCACCACUCCACCGUGGCGAGGGGCCAAAGAACGUGCGGCAGCUGCCCACCAAGAAGAAGCAACUGCAGCAGCAACGGUGGCUUCCUGCUGAACGGCGGAGUGUUGCAACGCCGCGUGCUCAACAGUCGGCACACCGCGCCAGCUCGGACGUGAUGAGCCCUCCACUUUCUCGGCGACCGCACGGCAACAGGCAGAGGAGACGAGCAGGAGCGAAGAAGGGGUACGAAAGGGAGCUGACUCUUGCCGGGAGUUUCUUGAGGGACAGGCGGCCGCCACCACGAUAGCGGAGGAGAACAGCACACCAGUGAAAAAGAGAGGCAUGUCACGACGAGAGCUGCGACAGUUGCGGCGAUGUCUGUGCCAGAUGUGGUGGUGGUCGACUCGAGGGCCUGGCCACGCCGAACAUAACACGGCCCUCUGCACGGCAUGAGAGCCGGACACUUUACUGAGCCAACCGGCAGGCGAGCAACGUGUACAGGGAGUAAUGGUCCAUCUGUGGGCUGUCACCUUGCUGGAGACGUGUGACGAUGGCGAUUCCCACGGCUUAGGGGUAGCCGCUCUGGGAGUGCUGGGAGUGCGGCCCAAACUGGGGAAUCUGCCGCUGUGCACCGUGCGGGGGACGCUGACACUGCUCCGUCUGGUGCGUGUGUGUGGCCUGACGGUGAGUGGCUGCGUGUGGUGUAUGACUGGACGGGUGUGCUGUGGGGUGAGCGUGCUAUAGAGGGCUCUCUGCUGCUGAGUGUGUGGGGCUGUAAGAGACGGAGGGAGCAACAUAGCGUAUGCACAUGGUGGCGCGGCGUGCACAGCCUGCCGUCUUGUGCUGUCAGCGUUGGUGCUGCUGCGGUGGUGUAAGUAAGGGUAGCGGUAAGGGUAAUGGUAAGGGUUGUAUUACCGAGGCCGAAGGCCGAGGUCAUCGAAUGGAACAACCCUGUAUGUGUGUUGAGUUCCCUGCUGAUUGCGGUGAACACGUAUGGUCAUGAUGGUAUGUGGAUGGCCGGUGGCUGGCUGGGCGUAUUCGUGCAUGCUCUCUCUCGCUGUUUGUCACUAGUCCCUCUCCUUCUCUCCCUCCCCUCUCUCUCUCUCUGCUGUUCGCUGCUGUCGUACAACUGCACACGUACGAAGCAGCUACGCUUCGGUUUGCUGAGACCCGCGUUUGUAUUUUCAGAGCCCGCCCGCCCGCCCUGUAUGUUUGCUGCUUUCGCGGUGGUGGAUUUGCCGCGCAGCUACCUUGUUGCCCCCGACUGCGCGUACGAUGUGCGCGAGCGUGGCGAACUUUACUGUGAGCGCACCGGAGCACGGAGGUGAUAGCGGUAGCAGGAGAGGGAGAGAGCAGUUUGUGUGGUGUGGUGGAUGAGGUUGGUUCUCUUGUUUGUUUCCUUUUUAUCGGCAUCGGUGGCACACGAGCUUCGUUUUCGGUCUUUCGGUUUCACUUUCCUCCUCUCUCUUUUUAUUGUUUUCGCUCCUGUACCUCAUUUCAUUUCGCGUCUCUCUAUAAGUCUCAGUAGAUAUAGCUCUAUUACAGUUCUUCCGUUCACGCCUCUGAAUGCUUUGUCCCUGGGCGGGCCCUGGACCCUGCCGGUCCUCUGGGCAGGGUAUCGCGCCGUGGGCGUUGUCUCACUUUAUUCUGUCUUCCUUAACCCCCUGCUCGGGGACGGGGUGGUGACCGGCACGAUCGGUGCACCAUCGGCCGUUAUCGUCUGAGUGAUCUCCGUUGUGCGUCGUGUACCUGGUGGUACUUUCCGUUGUUUUUGCUGUACUGUUUUUUUUUCUAUUUUCAGUCUUCUCUUUCUCUUCUCACUUCCGAGUCGGCGCCUGCGACAUGGCUCGAGUGUUCUGUUUCCUGUUUUCCUGUCUUGGGCGUGUGUGCAUGUGUGAGCGCAGCUGUUGGGCUUUCCGCCGCGUCGCACCACGCCAUCCACCCAGUAACGUGUUCCCUGUUUUUCUUGUUUUCUCUGUGUGCCCCGUUCCGUGUGUGUCUGUUUUCUCCUUUGUUUCUCUCUCUCCCUGCACG